AACAUCGCAUGUGACGUUGACACUUCCAAUCAAACCGGUGGUCCUUGUCAAAACAUACCAAAGAAAAUCAGAAAACAGUGUUUUUGUGAAAAUUGUGGAAUAAUAUUUUACUUUUAGUUAAGAAAAUGUCGUUCAGAGUGAUUCUACGUAGUUUAAGUACUCUCAGUUAUGUUGGAAGCUACAAAAAAAUUAGAGAUCGGCCCAUGAAACUGUACUGUGCAGCAAUAGUAGGAGCUGGGUUUGCCGCUUACAGCCAACUCAAACAGAAUAAAGCGGAGAUGAAGGAGUUAAUCCAGCUUAGGAAUUACAUGGCCCAGCCAAUCACACCCGUAGAGCGGCUUGAGAAGACUCAGGAUGACAUGAAAACACAGAUGGAGCUGAUGAUCUUGAGGAUACAGGCUGAGUUCUGCCGUGCUCUUGAAAGAGAAGAGGAUAAGGCUUGGGAAGAGGAAAAGAUGGCGGAUGAUGAUGAUCUUGAUCCUGAUGUGUUCAUUCCAUAUCCGGAAGCCCAAUUCAAAGUGGACCGGUGGACGCGCAAAGAGGGCGGGGGCGGGAUAACGUGCGUGCUGCAGGACGGCAGGGUGUUCGAGAAGGCUGGAGUGAACAUAUCCGUGGUGCACGGCAAGCUGCCGCCCGCCGCCGCCCAGCAGAUGCGCAGCAGGGGCAAGAACUUUCAGAACACAGAGCUGCCGUUCUUCGCAGCGGGGGUGAGCGCUGUGAUCCACCCUCGGAACCCCAUGGUGCCCACCAUACACUUCAACUACAGAUACUUCGAGGUCCAGGAUAAAGAUGGAGUGCAGUGGUGGUUCGGCGGCGGCACAGAUUUGACUCCAUACUACCUCAACGAAGAGGAUGCGGUGCACUUCCACAUGACACUUAAGCAAGCCUGCGAUACACACGACAAAACUUAUUACGGCAGAUUCAAGAAAUGGUGCGACGAUUACUUCUCGAUACCGCACCGCGGCGAGCGGCGCGGCGUCGGUGGCAUCUUCUUCGACGACAUCGACACGCCGUCGCAGACUGACGCCUUCAACUUCGUGACGUCUUGCGCGGAAGCUGUCAUACCCAGCUAUUUACCUAUUGUCCAAAAGCACAAAGACGAUGCGUACGGGUACUACCAGCGCCAGUGGCAGCUGCUGCGGCGCGGGCGCUACGUGGAAUUCAACCUGAUCUACGACCGCGGGACCAAGUUCGGGCUCCACACGCCCGAGGCCCGGUACGAGUCCAUCCUCAUGUCACUGCCGCUCAACGCUAAAUGGGAGUACAUGCAUGAACCGAAACCAAAUUCGCCCGAGGCAGAAUUGAUGAAGGUUCUCAAACAACCCAGGGAAUGGGUCAAUGAUACCGCACAACGAGCUGCCGCGUGAAACGAGAAUACGCCUAGUUUCAACGAGAAUAGAGCAGAUAAUCGUUUGUGGUUUUGAAUUAAUAAAAACUCUUCGAUUGUCGCAAAGUCCACAUAGUCUAUUUUGUUAUUAUGCUCGUUUAAACUAGGCAUUUUUUAUACACAAUAACUAUUUUGGAUACCUACUUAAAAGAAAUAUUAUUUAAAUUAUUGUUGAAUACAAGUAUUACAAAGUAAAGUAAAAGUGUAUAUUGGUCGAAGAAUGUAGGUACUGUUUCGUAUAUUUAUUAUAAUAUUUUUGUAAACUGUUUUA